CAAUCACUUUCUUCUUCGUCAGCCUCCCUUCAAUCGCCAUAUUGGGCAACCGAGAAAAGGGCUCGUCUCCUCUUGUUUUUUUCCGUCUUGCUUUUACUACGAGGCGGCGGCUGUGCGAGCGGCGGGGACAUCGCCACCAACCACCGGCGGGGCAGCGCAGAGCCGGAGCCGAGGAGGGCCGCGCACCGCUCCGCUUCUCCACCCGCCCGGGGCUCCCCGCCGGCGGCUCCGGCGGCGGCUCUCGGGGCUCCCCCCCGGGCCGGCGCUUAUGCAAGGGCUCCUCCUCGCCCCUUCUCCGCGGGCCGAGGGCGAGCGGGGCCGAGGCGGGGCCGGUGAGCGGGGCAGCGAGGAGAGGAGGCGCGGAGGAGACUCGCAGAGCAGUGCCCGGGAAUAAAAGGCAGAGAGGAGGAGAAGGAGGCGGCGGCUGGAGAGGGGGGAGAGCAGCGAGCAAAACAACCGCCGCCAGAAGAAAGAGGGUGUGGGGAGAUGUCAAACGUCCGUAUUUCUAAUGGGAGCCCUACGCUGGAGCGCAUGGAAGCCAGGCAAUCGGAGUACCCGAAGCCGUCAGCUUGCAGGAACCUCUUCGGGCCGGUGAAUCACGAAGAGUUAAACAGGGACUUGAAGAAGCAUCGGCAGGAGAUGGAGGAGGCAUGCCAGAGGAAGUGGAAUUUCGAUUUCCAGAAUCACAAGCCGCUGGAAGGCAGGUACGAGUGGCAAGCCGUGGAGAAGGGGAGCUCGCCCGACUUCUACUUCAGACCCCCCAGGCUACUGAAAGCUGUCUGCAAGUCCGCCGGCCGCCAGAGCUUGGAUGUAAACGGGAAUUGCCAGACCGUGGUUUUUGUCGGUUCUCAGGGAAUCUCAGAGGACACUCACUGUGUAGGUCAAAAGACUGAUGUUUCUGAAAAUCAGACGGACUUUGCAGAGCAGUGCACUGGGCAGAGGAAAAGACCUGCCACCGAUGGUAACGUACCCCUCCCUGCGAGAGCGCCACCGCUUUUCUCCGCCUGCCCGGCUGCUGUCAGCGCCGGGGCUCCCGGCCCCCUCGCCCGUGCCACGCGUGGUCUGGACCGCCGUGGGCUGUGUCCCGCUGGGCACCGGCUUCGUGAGCCCCCAUGUCCCCCGCCUCCUCUCGCCUGUGAAAGCCCAGAUUCCUCUCCUCAAAAUAAAAGAGCCAACACAACAGAAGAAGGGGUUUCAAAAGCCUCCCCCAGUGCCAAUUCAGUGGAGCAAACACCCAAGAAAUCAACCCCGAGAAGACAUCAAACGUAAACCGUUUAGAGCGGAGGAUGUGCGUGUCCUCGUUCGUCGGGUACGGCGAUGAAGCGAGGGAGAUGUAAAGGCGUAGUUGGAAAUGAAAAUACAUAUCGCUGAUCUCAAUGGGAUGGAGGUCCUGUACAAGCACUGAAAAGAAAAAAAAGUAACAAAAAUACAAAAAACCAACCAAGAACAGCAACAAAACAAAACCGACAACAUCAGCAACAAAAAAAAAGCAAACAAUAACACUAAAAUUUUAGGCACUCUUAAAAGACCUGCCUCUAAAAGCAUUGGAUGUAGCAUUGUGCAAUUAGGUGUUUCCUUAUUUGCUUCAUUGUACUACCUGUGUAUAUAGUUGUUACCUUAUGUAGCACAUAAACCUUGUUGGGAGGGGGGAGGGAGUGGAAGAGGGUGACCGAUCUGAACUUGCUUUCACAAUCUAGCAAGCAAAGAAAUGUAUGAAGAGAAGCAGUGUAGGUUUUGGGUUGUUUUUUUUUUUUAAUUACUUAAAGAUGUAUUGUCCCUUUAAGUGGGUCUGCCCUAUUUUUGUCUUUUUUCCCCCCCUUUUUUUUAAUGGACCAUCGUGGUAACCCUGCUCAGAGCCUAUUACUACAGGCCUCUUGUGAAAUACCUUCCUAUUCCAUUAAGCCUAAGAGGUGGGAGCUAUGAUGAUUCCGUUAUGUAGUAGCAAACGUUUUUCACCCCCGCCCAAAUCCAUGCAGCAAAUUUGAAUGCCUGUAAAAGUUGUGCAACAUCAUCCCGUUGUUACAUUGCCUGAUUUCCUGGGUUGUUUUUUUUGGGGGGGGGGGGAGACUGGAUGUUUUUGGGUUGUUUCGAUGUGUGUGGGUUUUGUGCCUUUUUUUUUUGUUUGUUUGGUUUGCGUUUUUGGUUUUUUUUGUGUUUUUUUUUAAACCUAAUCUGGAGGGCUUUACCUCUGAAUCCUGAACAUUGUUGUUUUCUGAUCUGACCCACUUCCCAAAGUGUUUGUGUGUGAGGGAAAAGGGAUACUACAUCUUUAAACAGUAUUUCUACAUUGCCUGUGUACCUGUAUGUAAAAAUAAAACAAAAAAAGUUUGAAGUGUACCUGUGUACAUAACUCUGUAAAGACACUGAGAAAUUAUACUAACUUAUUUAUGUUAAAAGAUUUUUUUUUUAAUCUAGAAGACAAUAUUUUUCCCCAUAAAGCCAAAGUGGCAUGUUUUUGUGCAUUUGUAAAUGCUCUAUUUGGUAGACUUUUAGGGUUUUUUUUUGUUUAUUUUUUGGGGGGGGAUCCUUUUUCUGAUACAGAAUAUGGCUGUGCUUAAAGGAUUGCAGACUGAGCCAAUUUAAUUCCUUUUUUCUUUUUUUUUUUUGUAAUGUGUGGGAAAAAAAUCCAGAUUGAUACUGUUUCACAUCAAGCAAUCAAUAAAGAAAACUGCCAUAUAUAAGAAA